CAUUGGAACUAUUUCAUCUACAAAAUUAGCUUUGCAGUGUGUGGACCAGCGUUUCACAUACUCGGAUAUAUAUAUACAUCCAUCCUUCCAUCCUAUCUAUCAUAUAUCCGGACUGCGCCGCUGCGAUUGGUCUUUGGGCCGUCCCCCGAACACCCCCGUACCACUACUCCAGAACUCUCUGCAACACCCCGAGCAGCAAUGGAGUACGCAUACUUCAACCCCCCUCCACCUCAACACUACCCGUUUAUGGGCAUGCAGACCUCUGCUGGCUUUCCACACGCGGGCCUCGACCCGGAAACCCUCCACAGCAUUGAGCCUCUCGAUGCCGGUUUGCUACCCCAGAACGGAUCCUACGACGCCUUCUCCUUUGCCCAUGGCGUACCUAUCUCGCAGGGCUCGCCAAUCCCCAACACGCCCAACCCCGUCGGCAGCGUGGACAGCGGGUUCGGGGGCGACUUGGAAGACGGCCGCACCAUCCCUACUACGAGAAGCAGCAGCGAAGAGAAGGAGGGUCUGACACCCGCCCAGAGCAGGAGGAAAGCACAGAACCGCGCAGCCCAACGCGCAUUUCGCGAACGCAAAGAACGCCAUGUACGCGACCUCGAAGCCAAACUGUCUCUACUAGAAUCCUCCGCGCACUCUCUGCAAUCCGACAACGAGCGUCUCAAGCUGGCUCUACAGCGCGCACGCACUGAAAACGAAAUCUUGCGCGCUACUUCUGCCCGCUCCCCUUCCAACUCCCGCCCAGUUUCCGCAACAUAUAGUUCCUCAGGAGACCAUAACUCUGAUUAUGACGAAGAAGAGGAGUCCUACAAUGUACAGUCUUUGUCUGACGGUACUGUACUCACAAACGGCGAUCUGAACCACCACUUGCCCAAGAAGUCUUCCAAGGCUAGAGAUAUACCAGCGUCCCAACUCUGGGAUACCAUUCACACCCAUCACUUGGUCAAGCAGGGAGUUGUUGAUGUGGCCGAUGUGUGCGAGCGACUGAAAGGCGCUGCAAAAUGUGGUGGGAGCGGUCCUGUGUAUGACGAAAGGCUCAUCUGGGCCGCCAUUGAAAGCUCACGGAAGAGUGGCGGUGAUGAGUUGAUUUAACACAACCGGCAUGCUGAACAAGGAGGAGUACCUUUCUUCAUUUCUUCCUUUAUGUUUGUUCUUAUCUCAUUUUCCAUGCUCUUUUGGAGCAAUUUCUUCUUCAUUCAGGCUAUACCCUUUUCUCUCUCUUCUCUUUUGAGGCUCUGCCAGCUUUCAGCUGCUUGUCUGUUAAGACAUAUGUCUCAUUCUUUGGCGUACAUGGAUGAUGGAUGUCAUUCACUUUAUUCAACAAAACAGGGCCAUCUUUGGACGCGGUGCAUGGAUCGGGUUUUUACUUCUUCUUGGGGUUAUCUUUCUCUUUCCAAUUUAUGGUUCACUCGUAGCAUUUUUCAUGUUGCAUAAGAACAUUCUUAUUCCCAACUUCUUUACUCUCAAUCAUACAUUCGGUGACCAUGCCCCUUGGAUCAGACAACAAUGUCACACGUUCAAACACAGAACAAUCAUGACUAAAAUCUUCGCCCACUGUGUUUGCCAAAUCUCUUCUCAUGCUAUCAUGGUCGCCGUGUCAUUUACCAGAGUCCACUCCAGUCGCCGCCCUCGCUGGCGGGGCCUCAGCUCCAGCUUCAAGCUUUUCGGAUCAGAGACUGCCGCAACUGACUAGCAGGCGCACUAUAGUAGCCUACAGCUUUAGUGCAAUGAUUCUGAUCAUCAGACUGCAAACCCCACCUCCUUUCCUCGAUGCGCCGCAGGACGCCCGCUCCCUGCAUCUCGAUACACACCCUCCCUUUAUUGGCCACGGCUCGCUCCGAAAAACAUCCCAAGACACCAGAAUCGCAUUCUGCUUCCCGCAUGUGGAUUCCGAGAUGAUGGCUGAAGUAGCUAACGCUACAAGGUCGGCUGUAUCACUUCAUACAAAGAAUCUUAAACGUAGAGCGCAUGCACUACUGUACUCUUCGCAUUAGCGGUACUGCGUGUAAAUCUAUCUGUGGAGAUACGCGAGCUACUCAACAACAAUCAGAGGGCCAUUCCAUUGACACCUGAAGCCGCCCCCAUAAUCAAAAAGAUGGGGUAGCAUUCAUACUUCGUCAUUCUGCAGAGUAUUCCGCGCCUAUGUACUUGAUCGGCUUAAGUAUAAUCACGUUGUACGUCGGCCGUUGAUAAGCAACCCACUCAAACAAAGAGCCAGAAGAAUCUCAAAUUCGCAUUAUCUCAGGCUUUUGGGUAAUUGCAUAUGCGUAUUCCUCUCUGACUGGGGUUGGUCGUUUUCUAUGCAGGGCUCAUCCUACACAGAUAGAGUUCCUACGAUCUAUGCGUCGUCCACACCCUUUCCAACGUACGGGAUCCAGACCAGUACGGCAGAGCACCGUCACAAAGUAGACUCGUCGUCUAAUCAAUAAGUUCCAAUCCUGCAUAUCCCAGAAACUCUUCAUGUGAACAACUUUCCGCACGUCUAACCCCUGAUGAUACCUCUGUAUUAGCCUAUUCAGACGGGGCGACUCUCGAUCCUGUUUCAUCCUUCCCUCCUAAUCUCAGGUGUUGC